AUGCGACAAGAACAGGUUAAAAAUAAAGCAGAAAAAUAUAAAGUUGGUUCAAAAGAUAUUCAAGAAUUUUCUGCAGUAUUAGCAAAACAAGCAAAAGAUACUAUAGGAUUUUUUGUUACAAAUUCUACUUAUUCUAUAAAUACACGUAAUGAGACAAAAAACAAAGAGUUACAAAAAAAUUUAUUUGAAUUAAAUGAUUUGGUAAUCAAAGAUCUUGAAAUCGAUUCUAAUGAAUCUACUGUAUAUUUGUUUGGUAUAAAAAUUGAUAGAAAAUGUAGAAUUGGAUCUAUGCAAAUUAAAGAUAAUUUUAUUAAAAAGUUAAUUGACAAUAUUAACAACAACAAAGAAUAUUCUUUAAAACAAGAAUAUUUAUCAGAAUAUCAUCAAAUCAAAAUUGAAAGUAAAUAUAAUAAUAUCUCUAAAAAUGUAGAAAAUGAAUAUGUAUAUAAAAUCAAACAAGAAACAUUAAGACGAUUAAAGAGAAAAUAUCCUAAUAAAGUAGUUAGAAGAAAAAGAAUUAAGACAAAAGAACCAAAAAUUAUUGUAUUAAUGGAAGCUAUUGGUGUAGAAAAAUCAACAUUUAGAGAAAAAUUUAAAAGUUAUUUAGAAGAAAAAGAAUAUAAAGUUUAUCAACCAGUUGAAGCAUCUUUACUUCUCAAUGAUGAAUUAAAACUCUUUUGCAAAGAUUCAAAAAAUAAUGCUUUAUUUUUUUAA